CCAAACCCCAGUACAAUGAGCUACGGGGACGAACUGACCCCAGAAGCUCUGAGUGUGCCCAGCGGGUUUGAUGAUCUGAUCACCUCCACCGCCUCCCAGGUGCUGCAGGCUAUUUCUAAUGCCGCGUCCGCGGCGGGUAGCUCAGGCCGCGAUAGCGUGCUCUCCAUGAUUCAUAAGCUACCUGACCAUAUCUCCAACAUGGGCAACCUGGCUGACACGUCAGGUCCCAUGGCUUCUGAGAUGGUGUCCCAGGAUGAGCGGGUACAGUUCUGGCUAGUAAUAGGGUACACCAUAGUGGUAUUUGCUGCCAUACUAGGCAAUUGGGUCUUAAACCAUGUGAUUCUGAAGUACAAGAAGAUGCACACUGCCACUGGCCUCUUUGUCGUCAACAUCUCCGUGACCAACAUGAUGCUGGCUUUUCUCAGUUCUCCCUUCACCAUGGUGCGCUAUCUGUGUAAUUCCUUGGUGUUUGGAAAGAUGACAUGCCACCUCAGUCGUUUUGCUCAGUACUCUUGUGCCUAUGUAACUGUGAUGACCAUGGCUGCUAUUUCCCUGGACCGACAUCGGGUAAUGCUAUAUCCCCUGAAGUCCCGAAUUACUCCAAUGCAAGGCAAUGUUUGCAUCAUUCUCAUCUGGAUUGUGAGCACCUGUGCUGCUUUGCCACAUGCCAUUUACCAAAAGCUUUACCAAGUGGAGAUUGGAAACAUAACUGAAGAAACCGUCUGCCUCCCCAGUUUCUCCUAUACUUCAAAAUCCACAUGGAAAUACCUGGACCUGAGCACCUUUUUGCUCUUCUUCAUCUUGCCAUUGAUGGUGCUGAUGGUCGUCUAUGGUCAUGUGGCCAAGAAGCUGUGGAUCCAUAAUGCUGUUGAUGACAUCAAUAUCCACACCUACAUUUGCCAGCGUGGGAAGAAGAAGCAGAGCCUGAAGAUGCUGAUGAUGGUGGUGCUUGUCUACACGAUCUGCUGGCUUCCUCUCAACCUCUAUCUGGUGCUGCUAUCCAGUGAAUCCAUCUCAAGCCACAAUGGUCUCUACUUCUUCCUCCACUGGCUUGCAAUUAGCAGCUCAUGCUACAACCCUUACAUCUAUUGCUGGCUCAGCGAUAGCUUCCAUAUUGAAGUUCAGAAGGUCAUAAUGGAAAUUCAGAAGAUGCUACUAGACGGAAUCAGCCGCCUGAGAGGGGAACACCGCCAACUGAGCUCUGUCUCACCCACUCACCACCCUGCUAGGGUGGAUCCCAAUCCUGGAGUGCCCAAAUUCCCACGAUUCAAAGAUUUUGAUGAGCUACCCAGUCCCCCUCCAUCCCCAGAGGUGGAAACCUCCUUUCUCUACCCACCAGUGCCUAGAGUUUAA